UCUGUCCGAGCAGGAAGCGUGCGCAGCCUGGCCGCCGUCGUCGCCCGGUCCUGGUGCCUGGCUGUGUCGUUGCCCUCGUUCCUCAGCCUCAUCACCCCUCACCACGCCCUCCAGCCUCMCCGGCGACAGGUAGCCCUGCCACCGCGCACCUGCCUUCGUUCCCUUGCGGGAGAUAGUGGAUAAGCCCCUUCAAAAAUGGAGGAUGGAAAGCCCGUUUGGGCACCACACCCUACAGAUGGAUUUCAGAUGGGCAAUAUUGUGGAUAUUGGCCCUGACAGCUUAACUAUUGAACCCCUGAACCAAAAAGGCAAGACAUUUUUGGCUCUCAUAAACCAAGUAUUCCCUGCAGAAGAGGACARUAAAAAAGAUGUGGAAGAUAAUUGUUCACUAAUGUAUUUAAAUGAAGCCACACUUCUCCAUAAUAUCAAAGUUCGAUAUAGUAAAGACAGAAUUUAUACAUAUGUCGCCAACAUUCUGAUUGCAGUAAACCCAUACUUUGAUAUCCCUAAAAUAUAUUCUUCAGAUACAAUAAAAUCAUAUCAAGGAAAAUCUCUUGGGACAAUGCCACCCCAUGUCUUUGCAAUUGCUGAUAAGGCUUUUCGAGACAUGAAGGUACUCAAGAUAAGCCAGUCUGUCAUUGUAUCUGGAGAAUCAGGAGCUGGCAAAACAGAAAAUACAAAAUUUGUUCUCAGAUACCUGACUGAAUCCUAUGGAACAGGUCAAGAUAUUGAUGAAAGAAUUGUUGAAGCUAAUCCUCUUUUAGAAGCCUUUGGAAAUGCAAAGACUGUUCGAAAUAAUAAUAGCAGUCGAUUUGGAAAAUUUGUAGAAAUACAUUUCAAUGAAAAGAGUUCAGUUGUUGGAGGAUUUGUUUCACAUUAUCUUCUAGAGAAAUCUAGGAUCUGUGUUCAAGGCAAAGAGGAAAGGAAUUAUCAUAUCUUUUAUAGAUUGUGUGCUGGUGCCUCUGAAGACAUUAGGGAAAAACUUCAUUUGAGCUCCCCAGAUAAUUUUCGGUAUUUAAACCGAGGCUGUACUAGAUACUUUGCUAACAAAGAAACUGACAAACAGAUUUUACAGAACCGCAGAAGUCCUGAGUAUCUUAAGGCAGGUUCCUUGAAAGAUCCUCUCUUAGAUGACCAUGGAGAUUUUAUUAGAAUGUGCACUGCCAUGAAAAAAAUUGGUUUGGAUGAUGAAGAAAAGCUUGAUCUGUUCCGAGUAGUCGCGGGUGUCCUGCAUCUUGGAAACAUUGACUUUGAGGACACUGGCAGCACUUCAGGUGGUUGUAAUCUGAAGAAUAAAUCUACUCAGUCAUUGGAAUAUUGUGCUGAACUACUGGGUUUGGACCAAGAUGAUCUUCGUGUAAGUUUAACCACAAGAGUYAUGUUAACGACAGCAGGGGGCACCAAAGGAACAGUUAUAAAGGUCCCCUUGAAAGUGGAGCAAGCAAACAAUGCUCGUGAUGCCCUGGCAAAGACUGUCUAUAGCCAUCUUUUUGAUCAUGUGGUCAACAGAGUUAAUCAGUGUUUUCCUUUUGAAACUUCAUCCUAUUUUAUUGGAGUUCUAGAUAUUGCUGGUUUUGAGUACUUUGAACAUAACAGUUUUGAGCAAUUUUGCAUCAACUAUUGUAAUGAAAAACUUCAACAAUUUUUUAAUGAAAGGAUUCUGAAGGAGGAGCAAGAACUCUAUCAAAAAGAAGGUUUAGGUGUUAAUGAAGUACAUUAUGUGGAUAAUCAGGACUGUAUAGAUUUAAUUGAAGCAAAAUUAGUUGGAAUACUGGAUAUUUUAGAUGAAGAGAACCGCCUUCCCCAGCCAAGUGACCAGCACUUUACAUCUGCAGUUCACCAGAAGCACAAGGACCAUUUCCGACUCACUAUCCCUAGGAAGUCUAAGCUGGCAGUACAUAGGAAUCUGAGAGAUGACGAAGGCUUCAUUAUCAGGCACUUUGCAGGGGCAGUGUGCUAUGAGACAACCCAGUUUGUGGAGAAAAAUAAUGAUGCUUUGCAUAUGUCUCUUGAAUCUUUAAUAUGUGAAUCCAGGGAUAAGUUUAUACGGGAAUUAUUUGAAUCAUCCACAAAUAACAACAAAGAUACAAAACAAAAAGCAGGAAAACUUAGCUUCAUCAGUGUGGGAAACAAAUUUAAGACACAGUUAAAUUUGCUUCUGGAUAAACUUCGAAGUACUGGAGCAAGUUUUAUUCGUUGCAUCAAACCUAAUUUAAAGAUGACAAGCCACCACUUUGAAGGUGCUCAAAUUCUGUCUCAACUUCAAUGUUCAGGUAUGGUGUCUGUUUUGGACUUGAUGCAGGGGGGUUUCCCAUCACGAGCUUCAUUUCAUGAACUCUACAACAUGUAUAAAAAAUUUAUGCCAGAGAAACUUGCAAGAUUGGAUCCAAGGCUAUUUUGUAAGGCUCUUUUUAAAGCUUUGGGCUUAAAUGAAAUCGACUACCAGUUUGGAUUAACAAAAGUAUUUUUUAGACCUGGCAAGUUUGCAGAAUUUGAUCAGAUUAUGAAGUCUGACCCUGAUCACUUAGCAGAGUUGGUUAAGAAAGUCAAUCAUUGGCUAGUCUGCAGUCGCUGGAAGAAAGUUCAAUGGUGUUCCCUGUCGGUCAUCAAACUGAAAAACAAAAUAAAAUAUCGAGCUGAAGCUUGCAUUAAAAUGCAGAAAACUGUUCGGAUGUGGCUUUGCAAAAGGAGACACAAACCUCGCAUUGAUGGCUUGAUUAAGGUGGGCACGCUGAAAAAACGACUUGAUAAGUUUAAUGAAGUAGUAAAUGCAUUGAAAGAUGGAAAACCACAGGUGAAUAAACAGAUCAAAGAUCUUGAAAUUUCCAUUGAUGCUUUGAUGGCCAAAAUUAAGUCCACUAUGAUGACCAGGGAACAAAUACAUAAAGAGUAUGAUGCCCUACUUAAAAGUUCAGAGGAGCUUCUCAGUGCAUUACAGAAGAAAAAACAGCAGCAGGAGGAAGCAGAAAGGCUGAGGCGUAUACAAGAAGAAAUGGAAAAAGAAAGAAAAAGACGUGAAGAAGAUGAACAGCGUCGAAGGAAGGAAGAGGAGGAAAGGCGAAUGAAACUUGAGAUGGAAGCAAAGAGAAAACAAGAAGAAGAAGAGAGAAAGAAAAGGGAAGAUGAUGAAAAACGUAUUCAGGCUGAGGUGGAGGAGCAGCUGGCCCGACAGAGGGAAGAGGAGUCCCAGCAGCAAGCAGUUCUGGAGCAGGAGCGCAGGGACAGGGAGCUGGCCCUGCGGAUCGCCCAGAGUGAAUCUGAGCUCAUCAGUGAUGAGGCCCAGGGUGACCAGGCACUUCGGAGAAAUGAUGGAACAAGACCUAAAAUGACACCGGAACAAAUGGCCAAAGAAAUGUCAGAAUUUUUGAGUAGAGGUCCUGCUGUACAAGCCACCAAGGCAGCUGCUGGUACCAAGAAACAUGAUCUUAGUAAAUGGAAAUAUGCAGAACUACGUGAUACCAUUAAUACUUCUUGUGAUAUUGAGCUCCUGGCAGCUUGCAGAGAAGAAUUUCAUAGGAGACUAAAAGUGUAUCAUGCGUGGAAAUCUAAGAACAAGAAGAGAAAUACUGAAACAGAGCAACGUGCUCCAAAGUCUGUUACUGAUUAUGAUUUUGCAUCAUUUUUGAACAAUUCACCUCAGCAGAACCCAGCAACUCAGCUUCCUGCCAGACAGCAGGAGAUGGAAAUGAACCGGCAGCAGCGUUUCUUCCGCAUUCCAUUCAUCCGCCCUGCUGACCAGUACAAAGACCCUCAGAGUAAAAAAAAAGGCUGGUGGUAUGCUCAUUUUGAUGGACCCUGGAUUGCCAGGCAAAUGGAACUCCAUCCCGAUAAACCACCCAUCCUUCUUGUGGCUGGUAAGGAUGACAUGGAGAUGUGUGAGCUCAAUCUUGAAGAGACUGGCCUGACACGGAAGCGCGGUGCUGAGAUUUUGCCAAGACAGUUUGAAGAGAUUUGGGAACGCUGUGGAGGCAUCCAGUACCUUCAGAAUGCAAUUGAGAGCAGACAAGCUCGACCCACAUAUGCAACAGCCAUGCUGCAGAAUCUGUUAAAGUAGAUGUUGCAGGCUAACAUURUAGCUGGGAUUCCUGGUACUGGGUAGGGAGUGUGACCAAGAGAUUAACCCUUCCUUGCUCAUGUUAGAAUUACUUAUGCACAAUGAGCAGAUUUUAUAAUCAUGGCUUUUCAUUAAUUUAAAGUUAAUUAAGGUUAUGGUAGUGAAUUUGGGACCUAAAAAUUAUUUUUGAGUAUACGGCAGUAACUCUUAAACUUCUCAUURUUCUUAUGCUUGUUACACUUGGACUGAUUCUGACAUUUCUCAUUCUUUGCCAACAGACUUCCUAAAGUCCAUGAUGAUUGUUCUCAAGGAAAAGAGAAAUUUUUAAAACUUUCAAAAUACUUGCUAUUUAUGGAUGACAUGGUAUGUUC